AUGCUGCCCUAUAGUUUCUCAGAAGGAACAGCCCAAUUGCCGCGAUUUGGCUACGAGCCGUCAACACAACAAUGUCACCAAUUUAUUUAUAGGGGACUUAAGGGGAAUCAAAACAAUUUUCUAACUCUUGAGGAGUGCCAGUUGGCUUGUCUUCCUAAUCCGUGCCCUUCCGGUAAGAAUAUAUUAGUAGGGGUCCGGACGCAAGGUAUUUUUUCUUCCAUCGGUAUUUUUAUCUCAGGGAUCCUGCCGACGCAAAAACAAAAUUCCCGAUUUCGGGAAAUCGGGAUCCCGACACAAAAAAGCGUCAGUACUUCCCGAUUUUCAGGAAUUUUUGGGAAUCGAGGCGGCAGGACUCCUGGUAUACAUAUGUCGGUAAACAGUAGCGGAAAUACGCUACAGAAUACAGUACGAUAAAUUUUAAAGUUGAAUUUUAUUUGACGUUAUUUUUUACAAUUAGUAUGGUACGAAAAAUGAGUAUGUCUUUUCUUUUUUUACAACGUAUGCAAAUUAAUAUUUUUACAUUCUAAUAAAUUUCACUUCGUUUCUACAAUGUUGGGGUAAUCUCGAACUGCAUAUUUAUUAUUUUUGAGAGAGGGUUUAUAAAACCUCUAAUUUUGUAUUCUUUAUUACGAUGUUCUCUGAUUGAUGAGUAUUUAUUCUGGUUUAUUUUCUGUUUUUUUGCUAUUUUUAGAGCUUUUGUUUGGGACUAGUACAUAUUUUGUUCUGAUUGUUUUGGUUUUUGUUUACUCUUCUUUUUUGUUUAUUUCCGUUCUGAUUUUGCGUUUCCGUCGCACCUACCCUUUUAAUAGGCUAUUUUU